AUGCAGCCCCCGUGCUCCCUUCAGCCGGGCCCCUGUGGCCCCUCACCGUCCCUGGGAUCGCAGAGCAGCAUCAUCAGCAGCAGCAGCAUCACCAGCAGCACCGUCGGCUUCCAGCAGCUGGAGGAGAAGCAGCUCUUUGAGAAGUUUUGGAGGGGGACUUUCAAGGCUGUGGCCAGCCCGAGACCGGAGAGCGUCAUCGUGGCCAGCAUCACCGCACGCCGGAGGGUGACCAAUUUAGAGACGACAGCCUUCCAGCCGCUCAAGACAGAUGAGAGGAAAGCGGCGGACACCAGGUUGGACACCGCGGAAAGGAAUGGCUGCAUCAAAGGGAAAGGACGCAAACACCACAGCCACCGCCGGGCCAGGAGCCCCUCCUUUGAUGAGGAACUCUCCCCUCGGCCCAAGGGGAAGAAGAAGAAGAGAAAGUCUGAACGGAAGAGGAAAAGGAAAAGGUCUCCUUCCUACAGCCUGUCGCCACUGCGGAAGAAGAAAAAGAAGAAGAAGAAGAGCUCCAAGAAAAGCAAGCGGCAUAGGUAUACGUCCAAAAAGUCAAAACACAGCUCUUCAAGUUUAAAACACAAGAGGAAGGAUGAGCGCAAGCACAAAAAAAGUUCUCGGACUCACUCACGGCGGAGGCGACGCUAUCGGAGGUCAGAGUCGGACAGUUCUUCUUACCAGUCUUCCACAGAGGACAGACACCCUCUGCAGAAAUCUGUGGUGCAUCAGGCUUUAGGAGAGCUGGCAGCCGUAGUAGAAGAGUCCAACGGAGUGCUUGACCACACGGACAUGAAGUGGAGACCUGAAACCAAAUCAGUGUGUAAAACGGCUCCAAAAUAUCGCUCCAUCCUCUCCACCGCUACCAUUAUGUCGUCAGAACCCGCAAGAGAGAUUUUACACGGAAAAGGGUCUCAGCAUUUAUCUGGCCGGACCGAAGUUCCGCACGAUUACGAUUCGGGGAAUGACACGUCUUCGCCGCCGUCGAGCAAAACGGGUGUUUUUCAGGCGAGUGUCACUGACAGCAAGAGGAACCACUGUAAACGUCUGGCCUCGCCAGAGAAGCUGAAGUUCACCUACAGAGACAAUGCCUCUGAUUCAGGAAACUCUGUGACCAGCUACGCCUCCCUGUGCAAACCUUAUGUGGAGGACGGCUUGUCUGCAACCCUCUUCAGUGGAAAUGGCAAGAGAGGGCAGAUUACCUUGGGGUGUCGGGUGGAGGUUGUGAGAUCUCCAAAGGCCUCCAGCUGUUCCCGGAGGAGGAGAAAGUCGUCUGGAAGGCGGCUGAAGACGCGGUCAUCCAGCAGCAGGAGCAGGAGCAGAUCCUCGGGGAGCUCCAGAUACUCUGGCCGCUACUCUCGAAGCCUGUCGCUGUCAUCCUGCAGCUCGUACUCGCGCUCACCGAGUUACUCUGCUGAUCCGAGGCGACGAGGCAGCGUGGCCAGCCUGAGCUCCAGAGGAAGCUACUCCAGACACAGCGCUGACAGACUAAGACACAGAAAGAGAACGCAUAGCUCCAGAGAGACAGAUGUGAAGCAUGCUCAUAAGGUUAGUGGGAAGAGACAAAGACGGAAAUCCUACUCUCCUAUGAAGAAACGGAGGAGAGACUCACCGAGCCAUCUGGAAGCACGCCGAAUCACAAGUGCCAGGAAGCGACCCAUCCCUUACUUCCGACCCAGCCCUUCCUCCAGCAGUCGGUCCACCAGCGUGUCGUCCUGGAGCAGCCUCUUCACGCGCAGCCGCAGUCGCAGUCGGCUCCACAGCGUCAGCCGCAGCCGCAGUCGGAGCCACAGUUACUCCACCUACAGGAGCUACAGCCGAAGCUCCUCCUGGAACUCAAUCUUUGGGACCCGCAGUCGCAGCCGAAGUCGCGGUUCGUUGAACAAGCGUCACAAAACCAGACAUUAG